GGGUUAAACCAGGUAGGAAGUCAGUUCAGGAGCAGCAACCAGCAGCACAGUGAGCAAACAUGUCCACCACCAACAUGAACAGGGGCAAGAUCGUCUUCUACGAGGACAGGAACUUCCAGGGUCGUUCCUAUGAGUGCAGCAGUGACUGCAGUGACAUGAGCUCCUACCUGAGCAGGUGUCACUCCUGCAGGGUCGAGAGUGGCUGUUGGAUGCUGUACAACCACAACAACUACAUGGGAAACCAGUACUUCAUGAGGAGGGGCGAGUACCCCGACUACAUGCAGCACUUUGGAAUGAGUGACUGCAUCAAGUCCUGCCGCAUGAUCGCCAUGCACAGAGGAAACUACAGGAUGAGGAUCUACGAGAGGGAGAACUUCGGAGGUCAGAUGCACGAGAUGAUGAACGACUGUGACAACAUCACGGAUCAUUACCGCAUGUCCAAAUGCCAGUCCUGCAACGUGAUGGAAGGCCACUGGCUGAUGUACGAGCAGCCCCACUUCAGAGGCAGGAUGAUGUACAUGAGGCCUGGAGAGUACAGCAACUUCAGCAUGGGCAUGGGAAUGGGAGCCAUGGGCGGCAUGAGUGGUAUGAGGUUCAUGAGCAUGAGGCGCAUCAUGGAUUCCUGGUACUAAAUCAUUCACAAACCUAUUAAAAUGUUCCCUUUUUAAGUGUGACAAAAAAAUGUGCCUGCUGAUUUGUUGUUCACACACCUGCAUCCCUUGUCAUAUACAGUCCCUUACAUAUGUAUUUGGACAGUGAAGCUAUGAAUGAACAUUUGGAGUAUUUUGGACUUGAGAUCAAAUGUUUCAUAUGAUGCGACAGUACAUAAUGCCAUAUUUUAUUUGAGGGUAUUUUCACCUAGCGCAGGAAGAUUCGCAGCGACAACAGAGUGAUCAAAUUGAGAUAUGACAUAUGUAUGUAUCUUGUCACUCAUUGUCGUGCAAAACAUGCACUAGGCCUUCUAUGCAAAUUGUUUCAGUGCUAAAACUCUCAAUGUUACAUCACAGUUGGGGGUCUUGUAGCUGGACUAGACUGUCAGCCUCAGGACACUGAUCCUGUCUGGGAGUUUAUUUGUUUUGACAAUGAUACUCCAUGGAAGUAACUUGGCAAUACAAAAGGAAACGAUAUAAUCCAGCCAAACAGCAUUUCUGAAAUUGCUGUCAAAAUGAAGUUUAGGACAUUGUUAUUACCCUCUGUUACUAAUAUGUUUGGCUCCAAUAAAGGGGUUGAGUCCA